ACAAACCUGAUAGCAGAACAGAAAGCAGAACGCAGCUGAUAAUGUUGAAUGAAUGAAAUGCUUCGCCUGAAAAGUGAGACAACUUUAAGUUAUGCCGCUCUUAGAACGCGGCACAACUUUUCAAAAUACUAAGCAAUAGAAUUUGAAGUGGAGCCGUCUUGAGUCUUGCCAUAAAUCUGUGAAAACGUUCGUUCAAAAUGAAUUGUGGGAGACUUUUUCUUGUCGGUCACCGCGGAUUUGUGCAAGGUCUGGCAAUCUAUGGCCAUAGCCGGCUCCCAAUCGCGGUACGCGAGUGCUCCUUCCAAACACGGCUUUUUCGCUCUCAGGCCAGAUUUCAUGAUAAUCUCUUUGGCCGCCUUCGGAAAGGAAUUCAGAAGCACACUGCAGGAAUCAGUCGUGCAUGUGCGAGACAGGUUGAAUAUGUUAUGGCACUUCGUAUCCGCCGAGCUCAACAGGCUGGCGUUUUUUACUUUCAAUUGUGUGGAGGAGCCUUUCUUCGAGAGAUCAUUAGUCGAAUAUUUUCUCGUUUUCUUCUGAGACUAAGAGUGUCUCUCUUGCAUCGCUCUCACAACCUCGUUUUGUCAGCAAGUGUUAUGCCUUUCUUCUGCUGGAAAGAUGAAAGAAUUCCUGAUGAAUAUCUCCUGAGGUUCUCAAAUGAAUUAGAAGCUGUUGCAUGUUUGCGUGAUCACACUUGUCAAAACUCCUCACCACCUUGCAAGCCUACUGGUAAAAAGUCUCCUUUGCUGUCAUGCCCUUCACAUUACCACAAUGACAGAGUUGAAGAUCCAUGGGAGCUUUUUAUUCAUCAAGGAGACCUAAUGGUUUGGAGAAGAGAAGUGCCCAAUCAUAGAGGGGAGGGUCUCUUUGAGUAUAAAGUGUAUGGCGCAUAUGAUGAUAUAACAGCCCAUGACUUCUUAGCUGUGCAUAUAGAUACAGAAUUUAGGAGGGAGUGGGAUUCUUCUGCAGUUGUCCUUGACGUUUUGGAAAGAGAUCCCCAAACCAACAGUGAAGUUGUAUAUUGGGAAAUGCAGUGGCCUAGAAUGAUGUCCAAUAGAGAUUAUGUAUACAAAAGACGUUACAUAAUAGAUGAAGAACAAAAAGUUGUUGUGUUUGUAAAUCAAAAUACAGAGCAUCAAUCAGCACCUGUAAAGCCGGGCAAGCAAAGAGUUACUGAAUACUGGUCCAUUAUUGUCAUCAAACCGACGUCUGAUUUAGACAAGCCUGGUUUGGAGUUUAGUAUGACAUACUUCGACAACCCCGGACUUGUAUUUCCAUCAGCUUUUGCUUCAUGGGCAACCGCUACAGGCUUCCCUGAUUAUCUAAGUAAACUGCAUAUGGCAACUGUCAAGUUUGCUGAGCGCCGUGUCAAGGAGGAAGCUGAAGCAGAAGCUAGGAAAGCUGCAGAGGCUGCAGAGGCUGCAGAGGCUGCAGCAAGAGAGGAGAAAAGGAGAAGGGGUGAGGAUGAGAAGAGAAAGCUUAAUAAUGCUCCUCACCCUCAUCCACCAGAAACAUGGGAAGUGUUUUUUGGUGGUGGACCAGUCCUCUCAAGUGUAGCAAAUGAAAGUCCGGACCCUAAAGAUCGACUGAACUAUCUUCUUAACAAACUGAUGCUCCUUGGUACAUGACUACUGUGAGUUUUUGUUAAUAUGGUAAUUUGUUGACCGAACUUCUCCAAGUUUGGUGUUUGAUCUCAAGCUUCGUUCUUCUAGGUCGGCUCCAACAUCCAAGCAGACUUAGUUGCCCCAGAUACAAUCAACCAGGCAUUGUCUAUUUUUAAUCUAGUCGCAUACACAGUUAAAGCAUGUAGGGUUUGAAUUUUGAGUCAAGGGACGUGACUCUCCAGGGCAGAUAAAAACUUUACUGGUAGGAUGGAAUAUAGGCUUCAUACUCUUGUGUUCUAUGGGAGGACGCCUACCCAUGUAUGUUUGUAUGUAUGUUUGUAUGUAUGGAUGUAAUUUGCUCACUUGUGUGGAGUGCUUUGCAAUGUGUCAUUAUUUUUCUAUUUGGAAAAUUAUUUUUACAAUUGUGAUUUUUAUGAUCUGUUUCUUAAAACUUCUGUUUACACAAUGUUUUUCUUUUUUCAAAAGUAACAGGCCGGCAUGUGUUCUUAUGAAAUGAUUGCUUUAAUAAUUGGUUUCAUGCAUGUGCAGAAUUUACUUGUGAAUGCACACCUUUGCACAAAGAUAUGAAGUCUGUGUUUCUUAUCCCACUUUGUGAUGUGAUAUAUGAUAAUGGCUGGAUAUUUGAAAAAGGGGGGAGGGGGAGGGGGGGACUUGAAAAUAAAAGGAUAAAAAGACAGAACUAGUUAAGCAUGAGUUAUUUAGCUUUAGGUUACCAGUGUCUAAAUGAAUUAUUACUUUAUUAUCACAGUCAGUUCUGUUCUUUUUUCUUAGUUUGCAUAUUGAUUAUUUUAGAAUUGUUAAUACUGAACCAUGGAAAUUGUUUGCUGUGUGUAAUGCAUGACUAUUCAAAAAUUUUACUCUCAUACCUUCAACAUGUAAACAGUUACUGUACUUUUGUGAUCUUUUGUUGUACAGACAGUUAUAUAGGAUGUUUGUGUCUUCAGGAAUGUCACAUAGCAUGUUCACCUGUAUGUGUGCAGAUGCUUUGUCACUUGUGGUUCUUGUAAAUCUAAUUAAUCAUGAUAAAUCAAGAGCUGUAUAUGCCCAGUUGUUAAUUGUUGUUACCAUGAGAUUAAACAGUGUCUAUUAAUACAACAA